AUGUCAUCACAAGCUUCAACUACCGAUAUAAUUAUCUUAAUGAAAUCAAUACAACUGUAUUUAUAUGAAAUUGGUUGUGUAAUAUUAAUAUUCCUUGGUACUUUAGGUUGUAUAAUUAAUCUAAUUGUUUUUACUCAAAAAAAUCUUCGUAAAAAUCCAUGUUCAAUUUAUUUUAUUGCAUAUAAUAUUGCGAAUUUUAUUUACAUUUAUUCUUCAUUAAUAUCAUUAACAUUAAGUAUUGGAUAUAAAAUAGAUGCGAGUAUAUAUAAUUUAAUAUUAUGUCGUUUACGUCUUUAUAUCAUAGCUUUAUCAAAUUGUUUAAGUUCAUAUUAUUUAAUAUUAGCUUCAAUUGAUCGAAUAUGGAUUACAUCACAUAAUGCUAUUGUAAGACGAAGAAGUAAUCGUCGUUUUGCUUGUAUAUUUAUUAUUAUUGGAACAAUAUUUUGGACAUUAUUUCAUAUUCAUGCAUUAAUUUUUUCAACUAUUUCACAAAUUGCUCCGAAUACAUUUCUAUGUUAUUAUCAAUCGGGUGGUCAUUUGAUUUUUAUGGGUUAUUAUUCGAUUGUAAAAGAAACAACAGCACUUUUAUUAUUAAUAAUAUGUGGAUUAUGGUCAAUAAAAAAUAUUCGAAAGACAAGACGUGUAAGAAUUGCUCCAGUUUUAUCUGUAAGUGGUACAACAGUCGGAAAUAAUAUAUUAUCAUCUUCAAAAGAUCGACAACUUAUUUUAAUGUUAUUUAUGGAUAUAACGAUUUAUAUUUUGUUUAGUUUUUCAUUUGCAAUCUUUCUUAUGUAUCAACAAAUAACACAAAAUCAAUUGAAAACUUCUGAUCGAAUACAAAUUGAAACAAUAAUUAGAAAUAUUUGUUUAUUUAGUUCAGGUAUACCAUUUUGUUUGGGUUGUUAUACAAAUUUAUUUAUAUCAAAAACAUUUCGAAGUGAAAUAAAAAAAAUAUUUUUAUCAAGACAAUUUUUUUGUUGUAAUUCUGUCUAA